AUGCGCAAGAAGAACGGGAAGAAGCCCAAGGCCGCCAAGGGUGCAUCCGGUGUCACGAACGGCACGCCAACCGCGACCACCGCAUCGCCCGAGUCGCCCACUCCCGCCGUCGUCAAGUUCAAGACCAACGAUGGCCAGGUGCGCGAGGUAUACUCGGCCUACGUUCGCAUACAUGGCGCCGCCGAACCUAUCGAGUGUGGCGAGACGUCCCAAACCGUCGACAGCUGGAUCGACUAUGUGGCCAACCAUAAUCUGCAGGUGGACGACACCAACGACUACCUCCUGCGCGCCAACUGGGCCUUCAUCCCCAUUGCGCGCUUCCACGCCGCGUACGGCGUCUACGACGAAUCGCGCAGCAACCUCCUCGAAGCCGUCUCCCUGCUUCUUGCCGACGACGUCGUGUCGCCUUUUGUAGCGUUCGGCGUCGGUGCGCACCUAGACGAUGUCGACCUGUGCGCCCUUGCUGUGAGCCACUCCUCCGAGGUCGUCAGCGAUAGCAACACCCCCAACCACAACCACACGCACCCCGCGUCGUCCUCCAACGACCAAGACGCCGGCGUCGGCUUCUGUUUCUGGUUCAACUAUCGCAACCAGGAGAAGCCCGACCCCCUCCCGCACGUGCCCCACGCGAGACCGGGCGGCACGCUUGAUCCUCGCCAGUUCGCCCUCAUCCAGUGGGACCUGCUUCCGAAGAACUACAUCUGGCUUCUCGUCCAGGCCCGCCAGUGUCCCAGCCAAGGCGUCGAGAUCGGUGAGGCCUUGACGACGAUUUGGAACUCGAUGAUGCCCAAUGGCCGCGCACCCAACUUCUCCAGGACGGUGUUUUAG